AUGACAGUUUCGUAUAUUUUGGAUUCCUCUACUUCAACUGUUGGGUCAUUUUUAAGGAUUCUUUUUAGAUGGCGAGGAUCAGUUUGGAAGUCUGUACUAGUCGAGGUGAUUGUUUGGAUCGUUCUCUAUUAUAUCGUUUUUAGCAUUUAUCGGUUUAGUCUUGAUACAAUACAGCAAAAAAUGUUUGAAAGUAUUGGGCGUCAUAUUGAUAUUAGAUUGCAUCUCCUACCUUUAACUUUUAUAUAUUUGUGUUUAACACAAGUUUUGGUACUUCGCGAUAUUUCUGUACCCGUUAGGAAGCGUUUCCCAAAUCUGGAUUCUUUGGUUGAUUCGGGACUUUUGAAAAAGAAUGAGCGCGAAUUAUUAGAAAAUAUACCUUCUGUUGGAUUUAAUAAUUAUUGGAUACCAAUUAAUUGGAUUUUUGUUAUUUGUUACCGCUUGCGUCUUUGCGGUAAUAUUGUGGCAGAUAUGUUGAUGAAUGCGAUAUUGAAUGAAGUUAAAGUGUUUAAAGAGAAACUUCAAAUCUUGUGUAACUAUGAUUGGGUACCUGUACCAUUAGCAUAUCCCCAAGUUGUCUUCUUAGCUGUUAGAAUUUAUUUUUUACUUUGCCUAGUUUCAAGGCAAUACAGAAUUAAUGAACAUGAGAAAAAACAAAAUGAAGAAUAUCUUCAAAUAGACAGAAUAAUACCCUUAAUGACUAUUCUGGAAUUAUUCUUCAUCAUGGGGUGGGUUAAAGUUGCAGAGGCUUUAUUGAAUCCUUUAGGAGAGGAUGACGAUGAUUUUGAAUGUAAUUUUAUAAUUGACCGAAAUAUUGCAAUGGCUAUGACAAUGGCGGAUAUGUGCUAUGACAAAACACCAGAACAGAUUAUUUCUGGUAUUAAUUAUUGGUACUUUUCCGUUAAACGACCGCAAAAUGAGUGCCAGUAA